AUUCUAUAUACCACUUGGAUUCAGUUAUACAACACUGUGUGUUUGACUUAAGGCACGGUAUGGGUAUUGCGACACUAUAUAAGACUCACACAUAGCUGUCGCUGUAUUGCCUUGCUGUCACUGCAGUCGAUUUUAGAGGUGAAUUUCGGCUACAUCAAGGAUCGGUGAAGGAUAAGUAACCUUAUUUUCCAUCAUGUCAUCAAAGAAAGAUAUGCCUCAACAGCCUCAAGGACCCCCUCCUCCAUACCCCUACAUGCCUCAGCAGCCAAAUCAGUAUGGUCACCCACAGACCCUACCGGUCUACAUGGGACAAUAUGACGCUGGGGCAAGAUUUGGAGCCGGAGCUACGACCAAUAUACCACCCCCUCCUCCAGGUUGUGCUCCGAACGCAGCGCAAAUGGCAGCCGCUCAGGGGUAUAAUGUCACUGUGACCAAGAAAAAGGGCCGCUCGGAUGGAGGAUUCACGAUCUCAGAUUAAACAAAGGCUUGAGAAAGAAUGUGUUAAGUCCAAUUUGAAAGACGUCUCCACUCUGAGCUUCUCACUUCUUCAUUUCCUAAUACGAUAUCCGACUAACUGGCGUUGAUUACAGAAGUUAAUUUCGUAGUGGACUUGAAUACUCCGGGUCUGUCCAAUGCUAGUCAGCUAAAAUGAUACAGGAUGCGGAAACAGACAUUUGAAUGGUAAAACGCCGCUUCUGGCUAUCGUAGGACUAUUGACGGCACAUUCUUAAAAUAAAGAGUGACAAAAAGAAAGGAACUAGCAACAGCCGCCAU